UUUUUUUUACCCGGCAUAGUGCCGCCGUUUAGAAAUAGAUUCUUUUGAACUAAAACGCUCCGUCUGUCCAUUUCAUCCUGUGAACAUCUUUAUAGUUUUACUUUACUUUCCAAGUCGUGUGGAAAGUGAUACUCGGAAAGAACACACAUUAAUCUCUUAGCAUCCGCGUGAACCAACUUCUAAUCCACCACAUUACCUUGAACUCCCAUCGCACAAUCCCUCACGCACGCCAAUAAUGGCCAACCCUCCCCACGGCGGUGUCCUCAAGGACCUGUUGGCCCGCGAUGCUCCCCGCAAUGCUGAGCUGGCCGCCGAGGCAGAGACGCUGCCCGCACUCCUGCUGACCGAGCGUCAGCUUUGUGAUCUGGAGCUGAUCAUCACUGGUGGCUUUUCCCCUCUGGAGGGCUUCAUGACUGAGAAGGACUACAAUGGCGUCGUCAAGGAGAACCGUUUGACCGACGGUGCCCUCUUCAGCAUGCCCAUAACCCUCGACCUGUCGCAACAGACCAUUGACGAGAAUGGUGUCAAGCCCGGUGCCCGCAUCACUCUGCGCGACUUCCGUGACGACCGCAACCUGACCAUUCUCACAGUUGAGGAUGUCUACCGCCCGGACAAGCAGCUCGAGGCCAAGGAGGUCUUUGGCGGCGAUCCCGAGCACCCUGCCGUCAACUACCUCUUCAACACGGCUGGUGAGUUCUACGUCGGCGGUAAGCUCGAGGCUGUCAACCGCCUGCAGCACUACGACUUUGUCGACCUGCGGUACACCCCCGCUGAGCUGCGCACACACUUCGACAAGCUCGGCUGGAGCCGGGUCGUCGCCUUCCAGACCCGCAACCCCAUGCACCGCGCCCACCGUGAACUGACGGUCCGCGCUGCCCGCUCGCACCACGCCAACGUCCUCAUCCACCCCGUCGUCGGCCUGACCAAGCCCGGCGACAUUGACCACUUUACGCGCGUGCGCGUCUACAAGGCCCUCCUCCCUCGCUACCCCAACGGCAUGGCGGUCCUGGGUCUGCUGCCGCUGGCCAUGCGCAUGGGUGGACCCCGCGAGGCCAUCUGGCACGCCAUCAUCCGCAAGAACCACGGUGCCACGCACUUCAUCGUGGGCAGGGACCACGCCGGACCGGGCAAGAACAGCGCCGGCGUCGACUUUUACGGCCCGUACGACGCCCAGUACGCCGUCGAGAAGUACAAGGACGAGCUUGGCAUCGAGGUCGUGCCCUUCCAGAUGAUGACCUACCUGCCCGACAGCGACGAGUACGCUCCCGUCGACACGAUCGAGAAGGGCGUCAGGACGCUCAAUAUCAGCGGAACCGAGCUUCGCUCCAGGCUGCGCAGCGGCAGGGACAUUCCUGAGUGGUUCUCGUAUCCCGAGGUGGUCAAGGUUCUCCGCGAGAGCCACCCGCCUCGAUCGCAGCAGGGUUUCACCAUCUUCCUGACGGGUUACCAAAACAGCGGCAAGGACCAGAUCGCGCGUGCGCUCCAGGUGACGCUGAACCAGCAGGGCGGCCGGUCCGUGUCAAUGCUGCUCGGUGAGACGGUGCGCAGUGAGCUCUCGUCGGAGCUGGGCUUCUCGCGCGAGGAUCGCGACAAGAACAUUGGCCGCAUCGCCUUUGUUGCAUCCGAGCUGACCCGCUCCGGAGCGGCCGUCAUCGCCGCCCCGAUCGCACCCUUUGAGGCCUCCAGGCAGCACGCCAGGGAGCUCGUGGAAAAGCACGGCGACUUCUACCUCGUCUGGGUCAACACACCGCUCGAGCACUGCGAGAAGACGGACAAGCGCGGCAUCUACAAGCGCGCCCGCGCCGGCGAGAUCAAGGGCUUCACAGGAGUCGACGACCCCUACGAGAACCCCGUCAAACCGGACCUGACGGUCGACGUUUCCAAGCAGUCUGUGCGGUCCAUUGUUCACCAGAUCGUGCUGACGUUGGAGAGCAAGGGGCUGCUUGAUCGUUUGUAAAACAGAAGCCUUGCACUGCUUCGGUUUUUUUUUAUUCUCCUGUUUAUUUUUUUCUGGGUCUUUGUUACUUGACUUCUCAUGAUCUAAUGAAUGGUUCAAAAAUAUUUUUUUGCGAGAGGUUGGGUUUAAAGGGGAAAAAUUGGGUACCAUUCCCCCUGUUAUUUUUUUUAUGUGAUAAGGAAUAGACGGUGAGAACCCUGGGAAAAAGGGAUACCGCUCAGCAAACAAUAUAGCGAGAUGAUCUUUUUUGUUUUAUUCUCUUAGCUUGUUUCAUCCACUUUCUACUGCUGUAUGUGAACAAACAGACUAAGAACAACUUGGGUAUUGAACAAGGUAUUAGGUAUGCAGGUAGACUUAGAUAGAUUUACGGUAGACAAGAUCUCUCUUCUUCAGGGUCGGUCGCACAUACAUCAUCACCAACGAAGAUUGAUUGACUGCAUUUAAGCCAG